GUUGCCACGCUCUGCGUUUCCAUCUGCUUCAGGCACCAACGAGCCUUUCAUUCAACGUUCACCCGUCUUACCGCGAUCUUCCGAAGCAAGCAUGUUCGGGUCCCGACGUACUUCUGCGUCGAUGUCACCAACUGUCCCGACCACUGGAUUGAGUGGACUUGACGUCCUUGUCCAGGCAGCGACGGAGGAAAGGGAACGUAUAGAUGUACACAGACGGCAGAGUGGAGGUGAGGAACGCCAGCCUUCGUUCGAUCCCGACACCAUAAGGCCUACAUCGCUCAGUCCUGUCGAGGUUCGGAGUCCUGUUAAUCUUCAGGCCCUACCACCUCCCACUCCUCCCUAUACUGCUUAUUCUCAAAUGAGUCACUACAUGGCGGCUGAUAAAGCUAACUUAAAUUACAAAGAACAGGCCUUUACAGAGGACGAUCAUCCAGGAAAGCACCGGCGUCCCUCGCCUGUACCAUCUCGAUCGCCUCACAUGGGUGUCUUUGAAACUUCGCAUCAUCGUUCUUAUGUCGGACUACCUUCAACAAGCAGUACCUUCGAACGGCGCAGUCAUUCGCCUGAGACGAAACAUGAAAAGUAUGACACUCAAUCUCAUGUAUUCGACGAGAGCUCGCAUCGUCUUUCAUCUCAUGCGAAGCGGCCUUCAACAAAGCCAGGGUCAAUGUACAUGCAACCGUCAUCAACGCGUUCUACUACGCAUCAAGUUCCUUUCAGCGAGACGCAGGCCAUGCCUCACUUUCAACAACCACUAUCUCCAGUGGAACCCACGGCUGUUCGUCAUGUUCGUCGCUCACCUCCUCGUAGUAGACCGAGGCCGAAGAAACCUGGCUCAGCUGCACUUGCACUCAUGGAGAAGGAGUUUCGUGAAGUUGCUUUGGCGGACAGGGUCAAACAUGAGCCCGAUGAACGCCAAAUGGGGGGCUUGACUGACGCGUUUAGCCCACCACGACAAACACAGACAAGACCGUCAUAUAUGAGCUCCAAGUCCUUGCAAUCGAACGAAAGGGGCGCUGUGGAUGAUGAAGACGUGGAUGACUUCUUCAAUUCGACCUUCGACUCUCCUAAGAACUCCGAACGAACAAUAAACCCACGAAUUAGUCACGCGGAUAUUUCGCAUACAAGACAAACAAUGGAAGAUGGCGAGUUUGCAGGCGCGAUGUGGGGCGACUCGUUCACAGGACAGUCUGUUCCAAUACAAACGGGUACCUCUGCGAUAAAGUCGAGAAGUUCUAGUCCCGAAGGGUUGAACGAGUUUGCCGACCGGUAUUCUCCUGCUCAGCACGUCCCUGAAGUUAGCGACGAAGCAGUAAUGUCGGAGGUGGAGGCUGAUAUUUUGGAUGAGCUCGCUGAUGCUGCUGGCGCAGCUACGUCAGAAGACGAGAGGACGGAAUUCGAUGAUCAGGCAACAGAUAACAUGGAAGUGGACGUAGAGAACGAGCUGUUGAGCCUUGUAGAUGGCCCACUAGAUGUCCCUUCGAAGCCACACCACCACCCUGGACAAACACCCUUGCAUGUAGGGAAAACUUCUGAACCAGUGUUGUGUACUGAGUUCAAUCAAACGUAUAUGCCACCAUCGGAGGCACCUGAGGCAACGAGUGCUCAAGUAAAGGACUCGAAGAAGGCAUCAUCGAAGUCUAAGGCGAAGGCAAAGGUGGAUGACGCUUCUAGCCAUGACAAACUGUCCUUGGUCAAGGUCGAAGAGUCGGUUGCGAAGCCAAUGAAAUCAAAGUCUGGGUCAAAACCACGUCCCACAAAAAGUGCUCCUGUGGAUAAAUCUAAAGCAGGAAAAAUUGCGAAGGAGGCAUCGGCUCCUGCCUCUCCUUCUCUUCCGACUCCAGUUACGGCCCUUCCCAGCGCAGGUACACCGACAGAUGAAGUGUUCCCUAUGGUCACCUCUUCUGGUCGGAUGGUUACGAAAUCCAAAAAAUCCGCUGCUGCCGCAACGCCAACAGUUGCGGCCAACCAACCAUCUUCGUCGCAUACUCGAAAGAAGCCUGCUCUUGCUGCUAGCACAGGGGACGGCAAUGCUUCACGCUCACGCUCCCAUUCCGUGAUGCCUCGAGCAUCUGUGGAUCCUGAAGUUCAUCGUGAGAAAACCGCCAAGGACGAUGACGAGAAACAAAAAGAUCCCGCGGCCGAAGAGGUUGACGACGCAGACAAGGACAAACUAUAUUGCAUCUGCAGGACACAAUACGACGAAGACAGAGUAAUGAUUGCUUGUGACAGAUGUGAUGAAUGGUACCACACUCAAUGCGUGGGCAUGCCCGAUCUCCUCGUCGACCUUGUUGACCAGUUCAUUUGUGAAAACUGCAUCGCCCAAAAUCCGAAUCUGAACCUUCGAACGACGUACAAACAACGUUGUUACGCUGGCUUAAACCAUCCGGACCCAGACUCACCAGAUGCUUGCCACAAGCCGUCUCGCGGCGCAUACUCCAAAUACUGCUCUGACGAAUGUGGCGUAAGACACAUGCAUCACAAGAUACAGUUGUGGGCAGGUAAUGGCGGAGAUGUCCGCAGUCUCUGGGAAUCUGUAAAAGAUGCAAAGCGUCGCGAAGGUUUUGUUGUCCCUGAACCUGGUCGGAUUCUUCCGAUAGUCAUACUGGCUGGGAUACAAAAUGGAGACGUAACCCAAACGCAAGCAAACGUUCCCGAUCCCGGUCAGGUUGUAGUAGACGAGGAAGGGAGAAACAGUAUUGUUACCCGUCUCGAGGAUCAACUUCAGACGGUCGUGCAGGAACGAGAGGAGCUCAAAAAGGAGCUCGAAGUAACUUCCUGGAGAGAAAGACUACUGCAACUCGCGUCGGACCGCGCUGAGAACGUUGGUGACUGCGGGUGGGAUCAAAGGUUGGUCUACGGUGAUGAAGAAUGGUUAGAAUUUGGUGCUGGUGUUCUGGAGAGUUACGAGGAUAAUGCACCAAAUGGCCAUUCCGAAGAAAACCAGGACAUGGAAGUUGAUGGACAGGGCCAAGAGGGUGAAUGGUGGUGCCAUGGAAAGAAAAAAUGCGAGAGACAUAUGGGCUGGCAACGGGUUCGUGCAGCAGACAUCGAAAAGGAGAGGUUCACGAAAGAGAGGGCGCUUGCAGAUCUGACCACGCGCGAACGCGAGAUCAGGAGUCGGAUAGAAGACAUUCUUCACCCACAGUCACGACCCAUCACAGGAUCAUUCCCUGAGUCAACAUUCAAGUUCAGGCUCCCCAACGCAAACUCGGAAGGAGGGCCGAAGCGGACUAAAAAGAAAGUUGCUACCGUAGCAUAAAAAGCGUGCCAAUGUGUAUUUGUACUCUUUAUUCGCGUUUUAAUGAUAGCACAGCGCAGUGAAUAUCUUGCGCGACAUGGAUCUACUAGCAAUGCAUACAUGAAUAGGACAUGUCUGAGUUCAAUAAAGGGAAAGCAAACGCACGAACAUUCGUGAUGCUUAAGAUGCAUUUGAUUAGGGGUAAUACCGUAAACGCUAGAGUGAGCCCAUCUCAAUACCCAUCCCCUUCUCCACCCUCUCUGCAGAACCCUUUCUGCUCGUAUAGUACUUGUGCUUUGUCGUGAUCGUGGCGCUUUUUCUCUGCUGUAUCUUUUAAAUAUAGGGGUUUUAAUGCAUCGUACGGCGCGUGUUGCAGAGGAAUCUCGUCUUCGACGUCUAAAUCAAUCUCUCCCAAUAAGACCACGUUCUCCCCUCUAAUGAUGAAUAUCCCAACUCUUCGUUCUGCGAAUUCUGACCCAUGGUAUAUGCGCUCUAUAGUAUCUUCAAGAACAAGGUUAGCAAAUUGAUCAUAUGAACGCAGCACGCCUAUGAGUUUCCGCCCGUCUCGUAACAUGACCAGCAUCUUCUCUGUUGUGUACAUGUUGGGAGUACCAAGGCAGACAAACCACGAAUCAAGGUGGACACAAGCAAUGACCAAGUUCAGAUGAAUUUUUGCUGCAGAACAGACACAU